AUGGCACGCACCGACAUUCACCAUGCCCGGGAGCCGGUCCCCCAUGUCUCAAAGGGUCGCACGUCUAGUGGCUCCACGUCUUUGUUACGCUCCGAAAAAGAUUCCCGUUCCGCCUCGCAUGCGGGCAUGGAUGGCCGAUGGGUUCCCAAUGAUCCCGGGCUGGGGCUGGCCCCUUCACAUCUAGAUAUAGAUGCCUCACGCCAGCCUUCUCUGUUUCCGGAGUUUUCUGAACAGUCAUAUGCCCCGGAGUACGAAGAACGCGGCCGGGUCCGCUCAAAUACCACACCGAACAUCACCCCGAGCGAACCACCAUGCGCCUUCGAGUCCACCCACAUGGUGUCUCCCACGGGGUUGCAUGAAUCUCCCGAUGGCCACGACUAUCGCUCGCAGAAGAGCAAGCCCGUGAAGCCAAAAGUACAUAUCAAACCGAUGCUACGGAAGAUGUCGCGCGACGAGGCGCCGUCAACGUCCAUUGAUCUGUCUCGGUCAUCAACUGAGCAGGAGGGACUAGGCAUCUACAUGAAUCUCGAUCGGGAUCGGCGACGCAGUGACUCGCUGACCGGGGUGACGUACCGCAGAACGCCGUCCGGUCUUCACAAUCGGUCCAUCAGCGGGACAUCCCAAUUCUCGACGGCAACUGGCUCCAGUGUUAGUAGACGGGGAUCACAGUACGUGCAUCCUAUGCGCCCGACGCCGCGUGCGUAUACGCCGCCUUUGAGUCAAUCGUAUCAGACAUCGAGCAAUGAGAGCGACCAGGAUAAUGGCAGCCCGGAAGUCGAAUCACGAAUCCUGACGGGUCCGGAGACACAGCGCCCCGCUCAUGCUGCCUCCGGGCCAGUCUCACGGCUCUCUUUGCAGAUUGAAAACGACUCUUUUGCUCAGGUGGUCCCGAAUCAAUCACAGACUAAUGUAGCCAGUCGUCCGUCCUUUGGUUACUCCCGCGAUACUGGGAGUACCUUGGAUACCGCAUCCCCGAUCUCUCGGUCCUCUCUUGACUUUGUCUUCCGUUCUCGCACACGGACCAGCACAGACCCAGUAUCCCGGGCGGCUACCAUCCAAGCUGCGCGACAGGCAUUUGAGGAGAAAGAAGCCGCCAAGGCUCGUCGGCUUGAGAGACAGCAGACCAAAGCUGAAGAGAAACAAACGUGGCGCCGCGUGAAGCGCAAUCAGUCCGAAAGCCCGGACUCUCCGGCUAUACAGUCUCGCGAGAGGCUCUCGGAGAAACCGGCACCAUCGAAGGAAUCGAAACACCCGGAAUUGCGUGAUCAGCGACCGCCCACCUCGUGGAAAUCACAAUCAAAAAGCACUUGGAUGCUUUUCAUGACGUGGCUUCGCACGCGGGUGUUCAAGAUUCGCCGCAAGCUCCGAAAGCUGAGCUAA